ACCGUGAGCCCUGAACUCAUCCAAAGAAGACGCUACUCACUAGUUAGCUGGUUAACGACUGCGUGAAGAUGCAACUGGCUCUAAGUAAAACGUUUGGUCAGAAGCCAGUGAAAUUUCAGUUAGAACAAGAUGGGGACUUUUACAUGGUUGGCUCGGAGGUUGGAAACUAUCUGCGAAUGUUCAGAGGCUCUCUGUAUAAAAGAUACCCGUCUCUAUGGAGGAGGCUCGCUUCAGUGGAGGAGAGGAAGAAAAUUGUAGCAUCAUCACACGCCACCAGUGUCACUCUGCUGAAGGCAUCAGAGUGUGAAGAGAUCUUUGAGGGUAACGAUGAGAAAUACAAGGCGGUGUCCAUCAGCACGGAGCCCCCAGCGUACCUCAGGGAGCAGAAAGCAAAGAGGAGCAGUCAGUGGGUCCCCACGCUGCCCAACAGCUCCCACCACCUUGAUGCUGUGCCUUGCUCCACCACCAUCAACCGCAACAGGAUGGGCCGUGACAAGAAGAGGACCUUCCCCCUGUGCUUCGAUGACCACGACCCUGCAGUGAUCCAUGAGAACGCAGCCCAGGUGGAGGCUCUGGUUCCCAUUCGUCUGGACAUGGAGAUUGACGGACAGAAGCUGAGAGACGCCUUCACGUGGAACAUGAACGAGAAACUGAUGACCCCGGAGAUGUUUGCAGAGAUUCUGUGUGAUGACCUGGACCUGAAUCCUCUGGCCUUUGUCCCCGCCAUCGCCUCAGCCAUCCGUCAGCAGAUUGAGUCUUACCCCACUGACAGCAUUCUGGAGGAGCAGGCCGACCAGAGAGUCAUCAUCAAGCUGAACAUCCACGUGGGGAACAUCUCUCUGGUGGACCAGUUUGAGUGGGACAUGUCAGAGAGGGAGAACUCCCCCGAGUCGUUCGCCUUGAAGCUGUGCUCGGAGCUGGGUCUGGGCGGAGAGUUUGUCACCACCAUUGCCUACAGUAUCCGUGGUCAGCUCAGCUGGCACCAGAGGACGUACGCCUUCAGUGAGAACCCACUCCCCACGGUAGAGAUUGCUAUCCGCAAUACAGGAGAUGCAGACCAGUGGUGCCCCCUGCUCGAGACCCUCACAGAUGCUGAAAUGGAGAAGAAGAUUCGAGACCAGGACAGAAACACAAGGCGUAUGAGGAGACUGGCCAACACUGCUCCGUCCUGGUAGAAGAGACAUGAAGCUGCACUAGUCGACGUGUCCUCUGGAGUCUCUUGUUAUUCUUAAUCAAGUAAAUACACAGAGAGUUACACACACAAACACACACACACACACACACACACACGCACAGGUCAUCAUGAAGCAUCUGGAUGUUCCUGUGAGCAUGAACACAGACGUGAUCAGUCUCCAUGAGCGUCUCACUGACUGAACACUGAACACACACAUCCAGGCAUUCCUCAUCUUCAUCAUCUUCAUCAUCAUCACCAUGUUUCACUCUGCCUGUAGGACGUCAGUCGACUCACAUCUGACCUUAUAUCGCUGGUGUUAUAAUGUCUAUUACUGUUAUACACACACACACCAGGUAACCUUCACACUACACAACAAAACAAGAACAAUGACUGAGCUCAGUGAUUCUAUAUGAAUGACUGUGUGAUGUGACACUGAUCUGGACAGUGUCUGUGAACCAUCACCAUGACAACACUGACAACUGAAGUUUGAAUUCUUCAGACUGACAGAGGUCUGUCAUCUCCUCUGUUCAUCACGGUCACAUGACUGAAUGAUGUGUGACUGAGCUUGUUUAGAUCCUGAUCUAAUGAACAUGUAGUGCUGCACCACUGGGUUUAUUAAUCAAUUAGUCGAUCGACAGAAAAAUGAUUGAAGUAGUGAAAAGGUGUUGUACUUUUUCUGGUCCCAGCUUCUCAGAUGAGACAACUCACUGUAAACCCAGUCUCUGUGGGUUUGUCAGACAGAACAAGACGUCACCAUGAGCUCUGAGAAGGUGUGACGUACGGCGGCCCAGAGAGCUCUACACACUGCAACUUAAGAAAACACAUGAAAUCAGACAAAACACAAACAACUUCAGAAAACAUCUUCAUCAAUUUGAAACACAUACUCACAACACAAGAGAAGUGUUUCCAGGGGACUAAAAGAAAGUUUUAAUGUCUUCUGGAAACACUUCUGUUGUCUGUGCUACUUGCAGCGUGUUUCUGUAUUUGGUUGUGUCGGUUGUAUUUGCAGGGGUUUUCUUAAAUUGCGGUGCGUUGAGCCUUUAGGGCCACCGUAGUGACAUGGCGUAUUUUUUCGCUCCUUUGAUAUUUUAUCAACACAAUUAAUGAAAAAAAAAAAAAGACGGAUGAAUCGAUAAUGACAAUACUUGUUAGUUGCAGGCCUCGUGUCCUGAUGGCACAGAUUCCACGUGGGUGGGUGUGAACAUUUCUGACUGGUGAUUGACAGCGGGAGGACCAAACAAAAACCAAAAACUCUCACACUGUCAGAAUCAUGUGAAAGAAACUGUGACCACAUGAAACGGUGAAGAGAAGAAAACAAGGAGACGAGAUGUGUUUAAAAACCUUUAUUUAGUCGGACGUGUUGGUUAAAAUGUUGGCUCCUUCCGGUCUCACCAGGUCUGUGUCAGGGUAGAAAAGGCUUUAAAUACAUCUCCUGUCUCAGCUCUGCUUCACUCACAUCAGUUUUCAUCUCCAGCACCAUCAGACUUCCACAUCUACCCUCCAACGUACUGGGGCUUUAAUAAAUGUUGUGAGCCACAUCAGCUGUUGGGCUGCGUCCUCGUCCUGUGGCUGAUGUUAGUGUUUGUGCCUGAGUGUAAAGACCAGUGUGCAUGUGUAAAUUCAAACAACACAGUGUCCAGACGGGUCUUCAGACCGUGAUCCAGAUCAGAUCAGAGCCGGUUUUGAUUUCAGCAUGUAGACUGUGUUCUGGUCUCUGAGUGAUUCAGAUCAGCUGUGUGCACCAGUGUUCAUCUGCAUGCUAAAACAUAGGUAGUUCAUACUGUCCCCUGUGCAUGAGGGACUAACUGUUCGCACUGUUACCUCUGUUUGCACUGUGCCUCACGUUGCAUCAGUGUCAGACUGGAGCCUCUGUUUUACUGAGUGCUAUUGGUUAAGGAGAGGGAGGGGGAGGGGAUGGGGGCGGGGGGGUUCGACAAGCUGAUAAGAACCAACAGUGUCUUUUAAGAUGAUGAUUUUCAACUUGAACAUACUCUGAAAACGAUGUUAACGUAUGUACUGUCGCUUCUUGUUCUCUUCUUUUGUAAAAUUGCUUUACCUUUAUAGUGGACUUGUUUUUUAUAUGAAAAUAACAAUAAAGAAAUAUAAAAAAA